UACGAGGUGCUCCGUCACUUUAGGUGCAUUUCCAAAUCCAUCGUCCCGAGAGAACUACAUUGCAUCCCGUUUAUUUUACGCGAACCUGCCAAACUUCACGCCAUUGAGAACCGACUAGACGCAAAGCCCGUCUCUCUCUGUGCUAUUGUCGCUGGUACGCGAUGCGUCGCGCGAUCGCGUCGUUGCGGGUCCGGUGUUAGGCUCGGAUCGUAUUUACUCCGAGCUUCGAAAGUCGGUUGAACUUUUUUAAAAGAAAAUCCUAAUUCGCCGCGCUGUGUGUUCAGUGGUGACAGUGUACAAUAGAUAUAAAUAAAAGAAAAAGAUAAAAGAAAAAGAGAAACGCCAAUACUUAAAUAAUAAUAAAAACAGGUCUACCUAGUGGGUGUCUCAAAGUGCAGUGAUCCACGUAUAAUCAUCGAUAUCCGCAAAAAAUUCCUACUAGCUUUGCACUGCGAAUUAACUACUAGCGAUCGAUCGAUCUUUCGAUCGAUCAGAUCCGAUCUAUUAUUUAUUCGUGUUCAUCGAGGCGAGACGCGAGUCUCAAUCACGGCAGCAAAAUUGAGCUGGACUUGCAUCAACGGGCCGCCGGCCACUUUAUGAGCCACGUCUAUUGACCUGUAAUAGCGAGACAAGGAUAUAAAUAUUCACAAUCUAAACAAGAACAAUCGUUAUCAGUCGACUUUAAGAUUGGCACUGGACGAGUCGAAAAUUUUGAUAAUUUAAUUGUGAAAUAUAAUCGUCAUAUCGUCAUAACCAAGAGUGAAUAAAAGUGCUGACGAAUAUGACGGGUAAUUUGAACGACGGUGAAUACACGAUCUGGCAAUUGCAAAUGAACAUUUACAGAGCCGGCGGCAACAUGUGCGACGGCGCGUUUACGGAAACGCUCAGGGGGAUGCAGGGCAUCGGCGCUGGUCCAGGUGGAUCACCACCAGGUGGUGGUGGUGGCGUCGGUCCUAUGGGCGUCGGACUUGGGAGUCCCUUGGGCGCUGCCGCCGCUGCCAAGAAGAUGCAGGUCGAUCACAUAAAACGUCCCAUGAAUGCCUUUAUGGUCUGGUCGCGUCUUCAACGGCGUAAAAUCGCCCACGAGAAUCCAAAAAUGCAUAACAGCGAGAUCUCCAAGAGGCUGGGUGCCGAAUGGAAGUUACUCACCGAGGACGAGAAAAGACCCUUCAUCGACGAAGCCAAGAGGUUAAGGGCGAUGCACAUGAAGGAACAUCCCGACUACAAGUACAGACCAAGGAGAAAGCCGAAGACCUUGAGGAAGGAGGGUUAUCCGUACAGCAUCCCGUAUCCCAGUGUACCAAUGGACGCGUUACGUGCGGGAAUGGCCGGCGGCAUGGGACAGGCCGGUAUGGGCUCCUACUACGGCCCGGCCGCGGCUUACGGCUCCCUCUCGGCUGCCAGUAUGGCUGCGGCCGCGGCCGCUGCCGCACAGCAGUCUGCGGCCGCGAUGUCAGCGGGUCUCAGCGCACCUGCACAGGUAGUCAGCUCGAUGGACGCCAUGAAGUAUUCCAUGGAGGCUGACAAGUAUCGCGCUACUUACAUGCCACCGAGUACCCUCGCGAUGAGUAUGUACUCGGACCCGAAGUACCUGGACUCGAGUCCCAAGCCGUACCUUGACAGGAGUUACCUGGACUCGGCGAAGGCCUACUUCGAGCAGUCAAAGAUGUACAUGGACCAGAAGCCAGUGAUAAGCGGCGAUUACGCCAGGGCGGCCUACGAGCAGAACAAGCUGUACGAGGAGUCGAGUCCUGGGAACGGGUCGGCUGGUGGCGGCAGCGGGUCUCUGUUAGGGGUCGCACCCUCGGCCAGGUCACCGUCAUCGGAUUCACCUGACGGUAGCAAGCAUCAUCAUCAGCAUCAGCAGCAGCAUCAACACGGCGAGCGCAGCGAGCACGGAUCAUCCAGUGCAAGUUCGACCUCGACCUCAUCGGCGGCGGCGAGUCCGGGUCUACCCGCUUACUACCCGGCGGCAGCGGCCGCGGCCGCGGCCGCAGCGGCGGCCGGACAGGCUGCCGCGGCAGGAGGUCUACUCGGGCCGCAAAUGGCUCAGUAUCCGGGGUACCAGACGGCGCCCACACCGGGAAACGAAUUCCGUCGACCUUUGACCGUUAUCUUCUGACCCGACAGAACCUAGCUCUGACCGAUUCUCAACGAUCGUCGAUCAGCCUGAAGCUGUCCCAACCUCUUGAUCCUGAUCCUCGUGCCGAUCGUCUUCUCUUACGUUAGCGAUACCUCGACCGGGGACUGGUCGCUGAACUCAUCUGAGCUCGUAAUUGGGUCGGUCGAGGGUGGACGAGAGGACGUGGGUGGGAAAAGGGGGAAUCCCAGAUCACGACAGACUGGUCGUCCUCGUCAGGAUAAAUCCGAAGCGGAGGCCUCCAAGGAUCGACGUGAACGUUACUGUCACUUUUAUUUUUUAUGGCGAUUUUACGAGUGGCGCCCCCUACGCGGUGGAAAAGUGAACAGAACGCGUGUACAUAAUAUUCUUCCCUGUGUAAAUAGCGUGAGCGGGGGCCUUAAGGCGCCCGCGCAAAUCCUAUGACGAGGUUGACGGAGACUUUUAUCGUGGUGUACAAAGGACGUCGGUCGUUUUACGAAUCUCGUCAUCAUUAUUUUUUUAUAUUUAACGUUAUUCUUUUAUCUCUUUUUUUUUUAUCUAAUCGUCAGCGUCGUCGUCCUCGAAAUUUUUUUUUUUUUGACCAAACGACCAAGUCACGUGGAUACGUCGCGUUAAUGGGGAUGGGACACGUUCGCCACGAUUCGACUGUAAAUAUAACGGGGAACCUCGUCUGGGAGAAGAACGAAAGAGUUAUUAAGAAAAAAAAAAAAUUGUGUAAUAAGUCGAAAACAAAAUUUAGAGCACGCUGAAAAGGUUUCGUCCUAUUAAUUGAUUCUCGAACGCCCUUACGUUUCUCCAUUGCGUCCCUAAGGACUUGGGUGGUGUUUUUAGCUAAUUAAAGAGGAAGGUUCACGGGGGGACGAAAGACGGGAGGGAGGGGACGUUUAGAUGACGAAAAAAAUUUUUUCAAAAAAAUAAAUAAAUGGACGCGCCUUCUGAUCUGCGUAUGUGUCUACGUGGCGCGAACGGACUCUCGAUCUUCGUGGGCAGAUUGACCACGUUAAACAGUGCAAUAACUGACAAAGAAGGAAUGUGAGAAUAAAAAAAAAAAUUCUGAAAACGAGAAAAUAUCAGAAAAUUUGGGAGUGUAUGUUAAAAGAAAAAAAUUGUAAGUACGUCAGUCGAUGAGAAUGCGAGAGUCGGAAGAGCGCGAUAAAUUUCAUUGAGAAAAAAAAAAAAUGGAAAAAUAAAAAUACAAAAAUUACGUCCAGUCGUUUCGCAAGUGAAUCGUCAUUCGUUUUCGUCCUCGACGUCGUCAUGAAUAAUUUCACCGGCUGUCAUAACAGUAAUUACGUAAAAAGAAAAUCACAACCGUCAUGCACGUCAUCCGUCACGUGGGUCGUCAUCGUGACAGAGAAAAUAAUUUGAAAGGAUGACGGAGGGGACGGGAACGACAGAUCACGUGACCUUCUUCUUCUUCUUCUUCUGUAAUUAUAUCGUCAUAACGAGCAUUACGCAUUACCGGUUAUUCGAGUAUUACAAUAACGAGCGAAACAGUUAAUCUAUAAAUAUUGUACCGUAAGUGGAGAUGAUAAUAAAGAUGAAGAUCAUUAUCCUUCGAA